UUUUUCCAUAUUUCUUUUAAGAAACUCUAAUCUUAUCUUGAAUCAAUCACCUAAAAGUUUAUUUACGCCACUUAAACUAUAAAUCAUAUUACCCUGUUUUUCAAUGAACAAAAACAGAGGAUCCUCUGUUUGACACUUCCAUUUCAACCCUUUUCCAGCGCUUAUUUCUGUCAAAAACUAAUGCCGCCGGCGAGGGAAAAAUGUAGUUACUACUAUCCAUCUCCAAUUUCUACUCAUGAAGAAGUUGCUAAUCAAGCAGAGGUGUUCUUGGAUGCGCUUAGAAGUUUCCAUUCUAUGAUGGGCACCAAAUUCAUGGUGCCAGUAACAGGAAAAAAAGAGUUAAAUUUACAUCUGUUAUAUGUGGAGGUUACAAAAAGGGGUGGAUAUGACAAGGUGGUUUUAGAGAAGAAAUGGAGGGAAAUAAGUUCAAAAUUUAAUUUUUCUUCCACCACAACAAGUGCUUCUUUUGUACUGAAAAAACAUUAUCUUAGCCUUCUUUACCAGUUUGAGCAAGUUUACUUCUUUAAUUUACAAGGCCCUGUAAUUCAAACUCCUUCACCAGUUUCUUCUAUUCCUUUGAGCAUUCCAGCAAUAGGAACAAUUGAUGGGAAAUUUGACUGUGGUUAUUUAGUCACAGUUAAAGUAGGACAUGAUGUGUUGAGUGGAGUAAUUUACCAUCCUUCAGCAGAUGAUCCACCAUGCACACCUUCUUCCCCAGCUGAAGAUCUCAGCAUGGCAAUCAUUCCAUACAAUCCUAUGCAACCUCGCAAAGCCUCAAGAAGGAGAAGACGAAAGAGGAAGCGAUGGGGCGGAGAUCCGACCCAUCCGAAACCCAAUAGAAGUGGCUACAAUUUCUUUUUCUCGGAGAAGCAUUCAGUGCUCAAGUCCCUUUAUCCUAAUAGUAGAGAAAGGGAGUUUACUAAGAUGAUUGGAGAAUUAUGGAACAAUCUUGGCCCUGAAGAGAGAGUAGUUUAUCAAAAUAUUGGGUUGAGAGAUAAAGAAAGAUAUAGGAGAGAACUCCAGGAAUACAACGAGAAGUUAGCAGCAAACUUAUUAGGACAAUCAACUAUGGGAAGUGUAGCAAAUCCAGUGGAACGAAAAUAGUAUUUCCUCCAUUCUGAAAUACUUGCUACAUUAUGGUUAUUAACACUAUUCGUCAUUCAGGCUUAUAUUUUAUAUUGCGGCUAAUGCCUAAUGUGUAAGAAAAAAUAUAAUCAAGUUGAAUCUUGUUUGAAUCGUCUAAUCACAUAUUUUUAUAUUUGUAACUUUUUAGAAGUAAA